GCCAGGGAGCGCGCCCGCCGCCCGCCGGUGUCCCGGGAGCCCGACAAAGAGCGCGCCGGCCGCCCGCAGUCGCGCCUGAGGCUCCGGCAGCUUGGCGGGCGAUGGGAGAUGGAAGGAAGCGACGCCGCGGCAGAGACAUUUGUUUGGGUUAACAGUACAUCAGCACAUUCCCAGAGUGUUGCCAAGGCCAAAUAUGAAUUUUUAUUUGGCAGAUCUGAAGAGAAAACUCCAGAUACUAGUGAUCAUGGAGGAAGCACUUUACUCCCCCCGAAUGUCACAAAUGAAUUUCCAGAAUAUGGGACCAUGGAGGAAAGUGGAGAAGGCCUAAGAGCCUCUCUCGAGUUUGAUGCUGAAUCUCUGCCGUGCUGCCCUCAGGUGCAGCAGAGGGUCCAGCCUCUUGCUGGCCAUCCCUCUGGGCUUCUCAGUGUUACCGGAGGACCAAAAGAUGUCAGAGAGGUCCCCUCUCAGAGUCAUCUCAAGGAACAGAGUUUACAACCCAUUGACUCUUUGAUUUCAGCUCUGAAAGCCACAGAAGCCAGAAUAGUUUCAGGAACAUUGCAGGCUACAAAGGUACUGGAUGGAGAUGCGGUUUCUACUUUUUUAGUUCAGCAGGUGGAACAAGAGCCAGACACUGCCAGUCAUAAAACACAGAGAGCCAACAUACUGUUCCCUGCUGGCCGAGAAAAGUCACCCGAUAUACCUCUUUCAGCUGAAGUUACGACUGAGGAAAAUUUUUAUUUGAGCAUCCAGGAGGACCUGACUGCACUAUUAACUGGAGAAACUCAAGCAGAGAUUUCCCUAAGAGCUAAUAAUGGGAGAAAGGGGGCUGUCCAUGUGCAGGAGCCAGCUUGUCCAGCAUCCUCCGUGGGGAGCCCUGUGACCCACAGCUCAGUGGGCAGUGCUGGUUUAUUGAGAGAGAGGAGAUCUGAUCAGGGGAGAGAGCACCCAGAGCAGUGUGGUAAAGGCAGCUCCUCAGGACGCCCAGGCCAGGUCAAACAUGUGGAAUUUCACGGGGUGGAAAUAUUGUGGACAGGAGGGGAGAAAAGAGAGACAUGGCAACCUGUGGAUUUUCAGACAUCAUUGGAAAGGACAACCCUUCCUGAAAGCAAAGAGUUUUCUAAAGUGCCAAGCCAUCUCGUCUCAUCUGCUGGUUUGUGUGCUUCAGCUGGUUUAACUGAGAGUGUUUGGGAUGACACCCGGAGAGCUCCUUCAGAGAGGCUGGCCACUGGCUCAGGGCCAUUUCUGCCUGAGCCUCUUCUUGAGAGUGGAGAGGAUGAAGUCUUCCUAAGGGAAAACAAGGAACAUCUUGAGACGAAACCUGAAUUGGAAGGAGACAGGGAAAGGAUUCUUGAGCAAGAGGAACACUUUCGGGCCAGAGAUGAUGAUAUCCUUGGGUCCGGUUGUGCAGAGGACUCCACUGAUGUGUACAGCUCCCAGUUUGAAACCAUUUUGGACAACACUUCUUUAUACUACAGUGCUGAGUCCUUGGAGACUUUAUAUUCAGAGCCUGAUAGCUAUUUUAGCUUUGAAGUGCCCCUCACUCCAAUGAUACAACAGCGCAUUAAAGAAGGCGGUCAGUUCCUGGAGAGGACAUCAAUGGGAGGACAGCAGGACGUCCUGAGCAUCUCCGCAGAUGGUGGAAUAGUGAUGGGCUAUUCUGGUGGGAUCGCCAAUGGGCUGAGUGGCUCCAGUAACUCCACCUACGCGAAAGGCACCUCAGAGAUUGCUUUCUGGGGAAGCAAUGCUGGGGUGAAAACAACACUGCUAGAGGCUCAUUCUGAAAUGGGGAGUACUGAAAUUCUGGAAAAGGAAACCUCAGGAAGUCUCAGUAAUGGUACCAGCAGCAACGUAGAAGCAGCCAAAAGGUUGGCCAAACGUCUUUAUCAACUAGACAGAUUCAAAAGAUCGGAUGUGGCAAAGCACCUAGGCAAGAACAAUGAAUUUAGCAAACUAGUUGCGGAAGAAUAUUUGAAGUUUUUUGAUUUUACAGGAAUGACACUGGAUCAGUCUCUCAGGUAUUUCUUUAAAGCAUUUUCUCUUGUGGGAGAAACCCAAGAACGAGAGAGAGUUUUAGUACACUUCUCCAAUAGAUAUUUUUAUUGUAACCCAGAUACCAUUGCUUCACAAGAUGGAGUCCAUUGCCUCACCUGUGCAAUGAUGCUUCUUAACACAGAUCUCCAUGGCCAUAAUAUUGGAAAGAAGAUGACCUGCCAAGAGUUCAUUGCAAACCUCCAAGGGGUAGAUGAGGGCGGUGAUUUCUCCAAGGAUCUACUGAAAGCUCUGUACAACUCAAUCAAGAAUGAGAAGCUUGAAUGGGCAGUAGAUGAUGAAGAGAAAAAAAAGUCUUCAUCAGAAGGUACUGAUGAGAAGGCUAAUGGAACACAUCCAAAGACCAUCAGCCGUAUUGGGAGUACUACCAACCCAUUCUUGGACAUUCCUCAUGACCCAAAUGCUGCUGUGUACAAAAGUGGAUUCUUGGCUCGGAAAAUCCAUGCAGAUAUGGAUGGAAAGAAGACUCCAAGAGGAAAGCGAGGAUGGAAGACCUUUUAUGCUGUACUAAAGGGAACAGUUCUUUACUUGCAAAAGGAUGAAUAUAAGCCAGAGAAGGCCCUGUCGGAAGAGGACCUGAAAAACGCUGUGAGUGUGCACCACGCACUGGCGUCCCGGGCCACGGACUACGAGAAGAAACCCAAUGUGCUCAAACUGAAAACUGCUGAUUGGAGGGUCUUGCUUUUUCAAGCCCAGAGUCCAGAGGAAAUGCAAGGGUGGAUAAACAAAAUUAAUUGUGUUGCAGCUGUAUUUUCUGCACCACCAUUUCCAGCAGCCAUCGGAUCUCAGAAGAAGUUUAGUCGCCCACUUCUGCCUGCCACCACUACAAAAUUGUCUCAGGAGGAACAGCUGAAAUCUCACGAAAGCAAGCUGAGGCAGAUCACCACAGAGCUAGCCGAGCACCGCUCCUACCCACCUGAUAAGAAGGUUAAAGCCAAGGAGGUGGAUGAGUACAAACUCAAAGAUCACUAUCUGGAGUUUGAGAAAACCCGCUAUGAGAUGUAUGUCCGCCUUCUGAAAGAGGGGGGCCUGGAGCUGCUGAGUAGCAGCGGUGGAGGGGGCGCCGCGGGCCUGAAGAAGUCGCACUCCAGCCCCUCGCUGAACCCAGAUGCAUCUCCGGUCACCGCCAAGGUCAAGAGAAACGUGUCGGAGAGGAAAGACCACCGACCUGAAACUCCAAGCAUUAAGCAAAAAGUCACUUAGAAUCCAUCUGCGGCCAGGAAGUGCUGGUCGUGGAGCAAAAUAGAGUUUUUCAAGAUCUUUCUGGUGAAUCCGUGAAUAUAUUUAAAAAAAAGUCUGUGACUAAAUGGUGCAUUAGUAACCUUUCCUAUUGUAUAUUUUUGUUAGUUUCUGUACAGAUUGUCUCUUUGCUCUUGAUUUCUUUGCUUUGAUGAUUUCUGCUACCUGAUAACUAAUGCACCUUUUGUGAGGGGAGGGGAUCAUGAUUUCAGAACGGAUUAUGUAUCGCUUCUCCCUCAGGGUUCUCUCAUUUGCACUCUGCUCAGUUGUUUUGUGUGUUCUCAAAUCAGCUGUUACACUUUUUUUUAAAGGUUAAAGAUUUAAUCCAUUGUGAAACACUUAACUGGACAAACUUUGUAGUUUAGAAAAUUCUAGCCGGAGCUAAUAUAAGCCUUUUCAUGUGAAAUCUUGCCCAGUCACAGAGGUGGAAUCCAGCGCUCGCGCUCGCAGAAGUUCAGUUAAGAGUUACAGUCACGGGAGGUGCCACUCCCCUGUGAGGCCUCACGCAUCCGAGCGCUUAGUGUUGAGUCCGGCCCUGCUGGUGGGGGUAGAGGCGGGCAAGGACCUCAGGACUGGGGAAUUUAAGAAGCACAUUAGGUCGCUUGAAGUGUAGAUUCCAUUUCAGCCAAGCAAGGAAGGAGGAAGUGGCGUCUUUUGAAGGCGGAGGCAAGGUGGCCCCAAGUUCAUUUUGUUUUCUAAAGGAUAGUGGCAACAAUGGACUCGGGGGCUGCAGCAACGAGCUGUGUUUUUGAUCUGCAGGAAAUUGUUACCUCACUCCCGCAGGGUCUAGACAAGGAAUCCAGAGCCGUCUGUGGAGGAUACCCUGCCAUCCGGGAAUUAGGGUCUUUUAUAUAUAUAGGCAUGGUGUUGUCUCCUGGUUGUAAGAAUUUGGGGUCUUCCUAACAAAAUAAUAUCAAAAUGGAGCCCCUUUCAUUCUUUCCUUAACAAAGCAAAAUAAGGAAGGAAAAAGUUGUUUUUCCCUAUAGUUGUUUGGCAAUAGAAUGUUGAUUCUUUACAAUAAAUCUGAAAGGAAUAAAAUCUGAAGGAAUUAUGGCUGGAAAACUGAGGAAUCUCCUGGUGACAAACACAGAGUCCCUUAGUCUGUUCUUGUCUCUGUCUCUGUGAAGCCGCUUCACCCUGCUGCACUGAACUGUCCCCUAAAAUAAAUCCUUGAUUCUCAAUCAUUUCUUUGUAUCUGCUCAGAGCAGUCAUAAGCUUAUUCCAGGGACAGUCCCUUUGAAAUUCAGGGUGAUAAACAGAACAUUCUCUUACUGAGGAGGAGAAAGGAGUGAAAAUUGAGCCCACUGUGAGUUAGAACUUUCUGAUUUUGGAACCUGAAAACUUUGUGAUCCUUAAACCUAGAAUCUCCACAAGUUCAGAGCGAAUGGAAUUACUUUGAACGCUCUUUUCUCUCCCCCAGAGAUUUGCUCUUUUCUGCUCGGUUUACUAGGUAAGGUGCUGUGUGGCCAGAGGCUCAGGGACCCUGCGUGGAUAGCAUGGCUCUGGGGAAUUAGAGCAAACCUGCUCCUGAACCAUGCUACUUUCUAGUGGUAUUUUGUUCUGAUGCACCAGCAUUUAUACAGGACUAUUUAUUAACAUGCACUUCCUUCAGCUGUAGAAAUGCCCAUACUUGCUGGUGCCCAGAAAAGAGAAACCCCUCCCUAAGGUUGUAGCUGCUUGCUUUGUGGUGUUUCUGCCACACAUUUGAAAAACUCCCUCUAACCCUCUAUCUUGUUUAUUAGGUAAAGGCAGUGACUAAAUUUGUUUCAAGACCUAGAAACAAACAGGGUAGUUACCAACAUGGCCCAUGUACCUGAUUCUUUCUUUGUAGCUUCUGACUGAAUCCAAGGUUUCUACAAGGGAAUAGUGUUUCUUCCUAGAAUCUGAAUCAUCAGUGUGUGUGCUUUCUGCCUAGAUCUUUAUCCUAAGCAGAGGGGAGAGAGGUACCUAGACCAUAUCAUCUCUGAGCUUCAAUAACUAAAGAAAAAUCAACAUCCCUGACUGGCUUGAAUGUGUGUGCUCCCAGUAUGUGUGUGUCUGUGUAUGUCGAAUGUCUCCGUGUGUGUCACUUAGAGUCUGUACCAGACAUGGAAUGGUACCUUGCUGCAGUGUUUAGACACUCGAGCAGCUCUGAAAUGCCCGGUCAGCCUCAGCACCACGACGGCAUUGUGCUCACUGUGUGACUCACUAAUGUUCUCUCCAAGAACGUCUGGAUAUGCUAACAGAGAGACAGAUGAGAAGGGCACUUUUGAAGCCGUGGUAUACACUGUGUUCCCAUAGUUUAUCUUGAAAAACAACUGCAAAGGUUACUUUGUGAGCCAGGAUCCCAGACUGCCGUUGUUAGGGGAUGGGCUGAGAACACCUCCCCCUGAGGCCUGUGGACUGUCUGGUGCCAGUGCCCCUCGCAGGCCAAGAGCUUAUCCUGUAGGAGACAAGGCGCCUCCUGUGACAGGAUCCUGAGAGCCUUGCCCAUAGCCAAGCAGGGUCUCCUUGGUGAUCAUUUCUUUCCCGUGGGGUCUAGUCAGGAGACAUGACUGAAGACCUUCCCCUUCACACUUCCUCCACGCCUGCCACCCAGUUCACGGUACAGGGGAGCCCCCUCCUUCCCUUCUGAAGGUACUGCCCCCCAUCCCUCACCAUCCCUCAGUACCGGGAGCCUUGCGAUCUCUCUCCAUCUAAUAAGUUAUUAUUCCUCUUCGCAGAAAUAGACCUAAUAUUAAUUUUUAGUAUAGAAGAUCUUGAGAGUCAUCAAAAUACCUUGGUGACAGUCUUGUUGCCGAAUUGUCCAUAGAAGCAGCCGUGUGCGGAACCGAAGUGGCUCAGGGUGUGUUCCCCCACCUCACAUGUUGACAUUUACAGGGAGGGGUCAGGAAUUCCUUGUUAGCAAUCGAAACCUAAUUACUAGCAUGCAAGAGUCCUUAUUUUAUUGCCAGCCAUAGACAUUAUUUGAAGUUUGCCUUUUACAGACAUCAUUUGCUGACUCUUAGUAAUGCCUGAUUAAACCAAGCAACACUUCUGCACAUUUUAAUUGCCUCGCGUGGAGAGUCGUCUGGGGGACUGCAGUCCUGGACCGUGUGAACCUUUUCUGUUGCUCUUGCGUAAAGAGGAUGGAGAGCACCUGUGCAGGACCGUCUGUGCUUCUGCGGCUGUGAUCCUUAUUCCAAAGAUGAGUGUUUCCUGGUCAGAAGUGACGUGAGGGAGUUAAUUCUGGGAGAGAAAAAUUGGCUGGCUCUCCAAGGCCAAUCUAGGGUUGGUCUCUUGUGUUCGUGUUUCACCCUGUGGCCAAAGCACAGAACCCCUGAGGCUGGAGAGGGGUUUACAUACCCAGCAGGGAAGGAGCCUCCUGCCGGCCCGGCCUGUUGUCCUUCCAGCACAGAAAGAGCCGGGGAAGACAUUCUUAGGUAGGGCAGGGCUUGCUUUGGCCUCGAGCUGCACCUCUUCUCUGCCUUUAUCCCUAAUCAUAGACAAUUGGAAGAAAAUUGACCUUAAAGAAGUUUCUCCAUUGUCUUACUUUGAACACUUUCUUGGGUAUAGAUAGUGGUCACUGGAAUUUGAUUCUUUGGCACUUUUCCUUGUAGUCACCCGUUAAGCUUUUUUAAGGCCAAGUUCACAGGGCAUUCUCAGCCUUGUGGUCCAAAGCUCUGUAGUGUAGCUCUUGUGGACUGGGCCACGGGUUCAGCAGGUCGGGAGCCACCUUCCUUAGCUGCAACAAUGGACAACCUCCUGAUCCCUUCACUUUUCAAUUGUCAGGAGUUUUGCGAUUGUAAGAUUAACGCUGUUAAACAGGAAUCAAAGGGGCUCCCAGGACUUGUUCACAGGAGAGCCUGGUUAAUGCCUAGUGUGACUUGGGCUUAACUGGCACCUGCUUUUCUCGCAGAGCGUCUGAGUUACUCUGACAGAAGAUUGGCUUUUGUAAGGAGCUGAGCCUCUGGGCCUUCCUGGUUCCAAAGCUUUCUGGCUGUCUCUUCUCCCAGGCCAACUGCCCGCCCCGGGCAACAGGUGUCUCCAUUGGCCUUGGACAUCUUAUAGUACCAAGUUACCCAGAGGACUUCAGAGACCAGUAGCUCACACAGAAUAACCCAACAGUGAUGAAAGGUGCUUUGUCACCGCUUCUGCUCUCUUUUCAGUGUCUCACUCUCAAAAGGAGGACCAAGGUCCAAAGCCAUUGCCAUUUUCCUUUUGUGCCCAGAGUACCCAAAGCCAGAGCGGGCAGCCUCUGCCUAGGACAGUGAGUGGCCAGUGCCUGCAGAGAGAAUGUCUUCAGAGAGAGAGUGCCAGUAAAGAUGUGAAUCUGCAUGACAGUCUGUGGACUUGACUGCAACAGCAAGAAAAUAUCGCAAGUUAAGUAGUUGUAUAUACAGUAGGUUUUCUUAGGUCUCUUUGGCUCAUCCUUUGUAAUUUACGUGUGUAUCUGUAGUGUUGCAGGCUUUUGGAGAAUAUUGAUAGUAUGUCAGGCAUCAAAGAGUAUGCCUUCUGUCACCUGCCAAUGUCGUAGUUGUGGGUAUUUAUAGUUGUAUGUAUCUAUAUGUAUCAACGUGUAGAUUGUACAUCAGUAUACGGUAUAUGUACAUCAAAUUUAUUUUUGUCCUUAACCAGUGUGAUAUGAAAAGCAAGUAAAAACCUCAUAGGACUGAAUAUAUAAUGCCGUUUUUGAGAGUCUAUACAGUGGUACUGUUUUAUUAAACUUAAAUUCAAAUGAUAUUUUGAUUAAUUUUUUUAAUGAUAAGAUUUUAUGCUAGAAAGUUUCGUCUGUGAGCUUUGAAUCACCAGAGCAAAAAUGGCUCUGAACUAACUUUGUUAAACUAUUUCAGUGUCCUGUGUACAAUACCCAGGGUGGGGCUGUAGCUCAUUAUAAUUUGAAAUAUACAGAAAGAAAGGGAAAAAAAAAAAAAAAAAAAAACACAGGCAACCUGUGCAGUCUUAGCAACUUCAGUAUUAAGAGCACUUAAACAUAAAGUCAAACUGACAAUUUGGGGCUUAUUACAAAAUGUGAUGCUUUAAAGCACACGUUCUUUAUUGUUGUAAUUAGUCCAGAAAAAUAGAGCUUUCAGAAGAAUUAGCUAAGUGCCCAGCGUAUCAUUUAUGUACCUGUGUCUGUUUUACAGCAGCUCAAACCACCCUCCUAGCACUGCGUCCUUAUCCUCUUCACCUUAAAGAACUAUCGCCAGCCCUGCAGUAGAUCAGGGCUUCCGGAGAUCUGGGACUGCCCUCCAGGCCUGCGGUUGCACAAAUUAGCAUCUAGACACAGGUAAAAGAAUUUUAGGACAGGCUAUGGGGCCAGGUUAAAACUUUAGUGUUUUUAUACUUAAGUCUCUUUUCCGGCCUCUCCCCAAAGAAGAGCCACUGGCCUUAGUUGUCUGAGCUUACUGCCUAUCUUACAGUAUAUAAGUAUUAGAUAACUAGAGAUUAGAACUUUAUUAGCCAGCAUGUUGGUAUAUUUAAAGCAAAACUGAGUGUGUGUGAGUGAGUGGUUGAGCGCAGUGUAUUCGUCUACGCACACUGCCUGUCGUUCCUCGUGUCCAGUGUAGAGGGUGGGAGUCGGGGGCUGGGAGGCUCAGCUCCGGCUCCAGGCUGCAGGAGUGAUGGUGGUUACCCUUGCAUUUUUUUAAUUAACUCUGCAGUCUCAAACCGUUUUUGCCAGUGUAUCCUAUUUCCUCAUCUGUUUUCGACCGCGCCGUGAGCUGGCUCUGUGGCUGUGCAGCAGGGUCUCUGUUCCACGAGAGUGUGUUUCCUUCUAAGAACUAUAGUGAUCUGCAGAAGCGUCCAUUUGACUCAGAAAUCAUAUACAAAAGGAGUAGCAAAAUUUAAAAGUUUCACUUUGGAGCUUAAUCAUUUGAAAUGUUUGGACUUUUAAUAUAAAGCCAAGUAACCAUUUGGCGUGGAUAAUAACAUCUCCUCUGCGGAGAGUAUGCAUGCUCAUUGAUUUUUAAUGCCAUUAGGACCCUUUCUUAAGCUGCAGGAACAAGAGUCAAAGUGGGGGUGUGGGGAGUGUGGGAGCCGCUUGCCUUCCGCUGAGGAAGACGUGCUGUGGCCUGUCCUCCGCUCCGAGAGAUCUGGCGCACGCGCAGCCUGGGCAGUAUGUACAUGCACUUGCACACGUGUACACAGCGAGCGUCCUAAGUGACAUAAACUUGAGACACAGAGCACCCGAGUGGUCCGAGAGGUGUGGACCGAGGUGACAGCGGCCCGCAGGCCCCUCCCGGGCGGGCGGGAGCUGGAGCCCCGCAUCUGACCUUGAGACGCUGUGCAGGGGAGGCGGGUGGCUGGCAGUUGGGGGACGCUCAUCUCCUGUCUGGUGGACCUUCGCUCCCCGGCGUCCCGCAGUGGCUGGCGUGGCCAUCGUCCCCAGUGGCGCUGCUGCUCGCUCUCUAGUUGGUUCCUUUGAGAAGGGAGUACGGGGAAGGGGGGGGGCACAGCCCGCCCCCCCGCCAGCCUCCCCUCUGAGCUGGUGGUGGGGCUGGAAAGGGGAGGAGCCUGGCCACGAUGGGUUUCCCUUCGCAGGGUGGAGGCUCAGCUUUCACGAAUAGUGCUAUAAAAAUAAGCACCUUAUUGUCAAUUCCUGAAAAUGCUGGUUACUAGGGAGAAUUUUGGAGUUCCCCUUACCGUUUCCCCGAGCGCCCCCCGGGGAGCCCCAGGCACAAGCUCAGUUCAGGACCCACUGUGGGCCUGGGCUCCCGCUGGGACGCCACCUCAGAGGCCAGCAUCCACCUCUCUGCAAAGAGGGGCUCCUCCCAGCCGCCCUCCUCCUGGGCUCCUAGGAGCCCCGGGUUGGUCCAUGUGCUCCUUCCCUGGCUGCAGGGAUCCAGCUGUCCUCAUGGGCUGACCCUGCUGAGGGUGACCGAGUCACUGCAGUGACGCUUGACAAAGGUAUUAAACAAUUCUCCGACUGAAGCCAAGACCGUAUAUGUUGCCUUUGCAAGAAACAAGAUGGCAGGUUGAACUGUAACCGGGGAUGGACGAUCUCUUUGCCUUUGCACCGGAUUUCUGGAAAUGGAUAAGGUUUCGCUUCCGCGGAAGCGUUAAGGGACGCAGCCCGCUGCCGCGCGGUUCUCCCCAGGCCCCAUGAGCCCUGCUGGGCAGAGGCCUCGGUGCCUCCCUGCAUUUCUUCUCCCCCCCCCGCCCCCCCGCCCCGGCUUCGGAGCCUGUUUCUAGAGCAGAAGUUGACGCAGUGGAGAGCUGGAACCGCAGCCUUGAUUGCUGUAGGGCAGGCAGAGGGCAGAGGUUUGUAUCCUUUAAUAUAAAACGAGCUUCGAACUUUUCCAACCUAUUAACUGGGUUAUGUUUACUGGGGUUCAAACUAAUUGGCAGAGUGGGUCAGUCCCUUACCUUCAGAGCUUUCUCCACCAGUCACUUCAGUUCCAUUGUAGUCCCGGUGCCAUACGUCCCUGAAAUCGUGAAAGUAAUUAGUGAUAAGAUAGCAGCCUACUCCUUUUCAGUGGCCAGACUGGCAGCACUGGCCGACUUGGGUGAGCCCGUGGCACCGACUCCUUAGGAAACCUGUUCCUCCUCGCCCACCAGGCUCGAGAAAUGCUGUCUCCUAGAGGAUCACGGGAUUUAUGGUGGUCAUCUUUUGAAUGGAACAGUAAUUUAUGUGGAUAUUGUUAAAGUGUUUAAAGAAUAUUUUGAAAAUUAAGUUUACAUUUUACGAUCGCUUUAUUUUUUAUUAAAAUGGUUGUAUAUAAAUAUUACCCUAUCUCACCGUUGUUGAAGGAAAGCUAAGCGUGCAGACCAGUGAGUCACCUGAUGUGUAUAGAAGCUGUGAUGUAUAGAGUACGUUUCUCUACUGUGUAAAUGCUCAUGAAUAUAACUGUUCCUGUGUUUUUAUAAGUUGGGGAUAAUUUGUUGUUUUACAGCAACAAAAUUUAUUGCAUUUAAAUGGUUUUUAUGUAAUAGAAAUCAUGCAAAAUAGU